CAUGGGCGUACCGUUCCGUGUGCCGUGCGCUCCACUUUUCCUUUGGUUUGCGUUUGGUUGCAGACUCCCAAAAAGAAAAUGUCGAAGAAAGAACGUGCCCGGCUGGAAGCCGAACAGGCCGAACAUCACCGGAUGGAGCUGGAAAAGGAACGCCAGCGCAAGGUGGAGGAGGAGAAGAUGCGUAAGGUGCGUGAAAAGGAGGAAGCGGAACGUAAGCAGGUGCAGGAGAUAGUGGCCAACAAGUUGCGCAAGGUGCAGCUAGAGGAAAGCUACUGCUAUUUUGCAAGCAUACGCGACGAGGUGCGAAAAAUGUUGGCCGAAUCGAAGAAGGAGCGUGAGUGGGAGCAAUACAUGCGGUGCAAUGGACUACCGAACGCAUUCGAUCCAUCCGAUCUGAGAAAGUAUCUACACAUAUGGUGCGAACACAUUCGGGAUGCCAACGAAGCGGAACGGAAUUGGUUACUGCAGACGAACGAGCAGAGUAUCCUUACGCAGAACGUGAAUGUCGCGAACUUAUCGGCCGAAAGUUUGAAACUGCAACAACCCCAAAUUGGCAAUACGUAUGCAUCCAAAGCAGAGGAAGUGUUGGGAAUCCUGGAGGAAAUAGAUGAGGCUCUGCACGAUUCGGAUGUUAGACCAUCGAUGGUGCAGGAUCUGAAUGAGCUGAAGGUAGAAUUUCGAAACGUGCUUGCCGAAUAUAUCGAUGAGUUUGCGUACAAAAUACUGAGCAACAUUAAUCGAGAUAUGGAGUUGCAUGGGCUGCUGGAAGUGUCGCACAAGUUCGAGUCGGAAGUGUUUAAAGCUCAUUUGUUUGGUCUACGGGACAUGCCAACACCACAAUUAAAUCCCAAGGAGCGCGCCAAGGAGGAUAGCAAACACACGAGUAUUGAUUUCCCUAGCCUUGGUUUCCAUUUGACACUGCCGGCCGCGGUAAAGUGUCAUAAGGCAGCGAUUCGAGGCCUCUGGAUAAGCUAUGAUCACUGCAGUGACUAUUGUCCCAGCUACGAUAUGCCAUACCGUCCAGAGCUUCUAGCGGAUUUGCGUAUCAUUAGCCGCAUCGAGUGGAAAAAGCGGAAAGAAAUUCUGAAGGCUGUUUACGAGGAGCCCAAGGAAAAGAAAACCGACUCCGAUGAAGACGAUCAGACUCCGCAGGAUAUCGAUGUGGACAAGAUCUAUACGGAGCAUGCGGACGAGCUGAUGAAGAAGGAACGCACUAAGAAAGGUGCGAAGACGCUUAAUUUGGGUGAGCACGAUGUGAACAUGCGUAGUCACCGGAUCGUGGCCGGUGUGUACGCUAUCGACUAUCUGGAACAACCGAUGCAAGAUGUAAAAAUUGCCAAGAAAACAUUCCUCCGAACAGUUCCACAACCGGGUAAGCUGAAGCGUAAAACGUUCUACCAACCCUAUCGACCACCGCCAACACCUCAACCGGGUGUACGACGUCUUCCCGAGGAGAUAGAGGCGGAAAUCAAACAGAUGGAAGAAAACCUCGACAAGCUCGCGCUGGUUUCGGUUCAGCUGCCGGAGAACGUGUUCUGGUUCGAACCUCCGAUCGUAUGCCGCUGGGAGCUGAAGGAAGAAACGCUCGAGUCGGAUCCAAGCUUCUCGAAGUAUCUUGAUCGCCUCGAAAAAGCACAGCAAGCGGCCAAGGAGCGGAACGAACGUUCGAAUCUAGAUCGACGUACGAAGUACGUGGAAGACUUUAACAUUCUCGACGUCCCUCAGCACAUCCCACUGCGUGCAAUAGUGACGGAUUUCGUGAUACCGAAGCUACCGGACAGCUGCAGCAUCAAGAUAUCGGUGGCAGAAGACAAACGGCGUGCUACACCGUCGGCGGGUGGGAAACGAUCAUCGAAACAGAAGCGGCGUCUACACAAGAUGCCCUCGAGUGUCUCACUGAGCAGCAUCGUGUAUGAGACGAAGAUACCGGACUUUUUGUUCGCGACGCGUAUGCCACUGCGUGUGCUGAAGGUGCUGGAUCGUCGUAAUCGCCAGUGUUACCCGUAUACGGCCACUUCCGACAGUGACGAUCUGGAUGAUUACGAUGAGUCGGAUAACGAUGUGGUACAGAAUCGGAACACCAAACGCAAGGUGUACAUGUUCUCGAGCUUCAUGAAGGAUUUGGACGAGCUGCUGGAAUCAAAAUCGCCUAAAUUGCAGGCAAAAAUUGAACAGGAACUGGCGGGUGGUACGACCGGUCAGUCAGGUGGACCCGGCAAGCAAUCGUUGCAGGUGGCUCGUUCAGAGGAUUCCCGUCCGGGACGCGGCGAUAAAAGCGAGAAGGGAAAGAAGCCAGCCAAGAGCAAGUUUGAUUCAGACGACGAGGAAAUCGACUAUGGCAAUAUUUUGGAGGUGGGAAACUAUAGCAUGGUGGAAAACGACAAACGCUACAUCGGCAAGUGGUCGACGAGAGAUGUGCACGAUGUGAAGUUCAACGAGGACAAGCUCACGAUCCAGUUCCGUGUUGGGCGUCUGGGAUCGUUCGCGUUCGCCGCAAACCGUUACAGCAAUGUACCCUACCAGUCCUGGGAGCUUAAACCGGACAUUAAGAACCCGGGAACGGUCACUUUCUCACUCACCGCCUCAGUCGUAAGCACCGAAAUGUCCAUCACCGAAGCAGGAUUUCGUGUCAACUCGCUCCAGGGAGGACCCACUCAGGCAUUGCAGGAGAUUCUCGGUGUGACAAUGUCUCUGCGCAAGCUCAUCAAAACACUACGACUUGCCGCUGUUGAUCUGUUUCCGGAAGACGAUGCGUUCAACUAUACCGAGGGAACGUGCGAGAAGAACCCAAUAAUGGAAUCGCACCUGUACGACUGUAUGGGUCUGUUAGCGCUCACGCACAACUUUUCCUGGUCACGCUGGAACUUGCUGUCCGGCUGUCGAAUGUGUGUCUUGCUGGUGCGUGAAAUCGUCGAACAUCGGCGACUUCCGAACCACUCCACCCUGCUCGUCACACCACUGAAGGCUUCCGUGAUCGAUACGGUGGAAGUGUCACCAGUGUUCAAUCCGAAUCCGGUCGAAGGCAUGAAUCACUAUGCCGAUCUGUAUCACCUGGGACGUGAUCAGUCACAACCAUCGUCGAGGAUCAAGCAGGAAAAGAUGAGUCCCAUUCUGCGUGAGAAUGUGACCCAGCUGCUAAAGUCAGUACGACCACUCAGUUUUGCCUAGACUGCAGUAUAGACCGUAUAGAAGCGAUGUUUAUUUAACAUUAAGAGCAAUAAAGAGAGAAUGGCUUACGAUUUAA